GCAUUACCCACAAUGCUCAGCGAUGAAGAACAGCGGAAGUUGUUAGUUUUUGCUUGCCUCAUAGUCGCUGACUACAUUGAAUCGUGCAGUCAAGUCUCGUAACAGAAUUCAUGAAUGGCGUGUCCUUUUGAACCUAAUGCCUCAGCAGAGCUGAACCCAGCUGUUCGCUCUCUGGAGUGGCUGCUGGGCUCCUGGGAGAGCGAUGAACCCGGAGAAGGCACCUUUUCAUCCAUCAAACCCUUCCGAUACACUGAGAAGCUGCAUUUCAGCCACGUGGGGCAGCCAGUCAUCAAUUUCAUGUUCAACGCCUUUAAUGCAGAAUCAAACAAGCCCCUUCACAGAGAAUGUGGUUUUAUUCGAAUGCAGCCCGGCACCAACAAAGUGGCUUUCAUCAUUGCACAGAACUCAGGUUUGGUAGAGAUCGAGGAGGGAGAGCUCACAGGGCAGCAGUUGAACCUCCAGAGCAAGAGCGUUGCCAGAAUCUCCUUCGCCAAAGAGCCACAUGUGCUGCAGAUUUGUCGUGUCUUCAAGCUGCAAUCAGAUGGGAGGCUGGAGCAGACAGUUUCCAUGGCAACAGACAACCAGCCACUGGCUCAACACUUGCACAUCACCUACCGUCGCUCUUCCUGAACCAACAAGCAGUUGCACUUCUCUUUCAAUGUUAUCUUGAGUCUAGAAAAGAUGAGCUCCUUAAAAGUACUCGGAUAAGGAAAGUAGCUGCAACAUAACUAUAUUAACAAUGACAUUAUAUACCUCGGAUUGUCAUAUUUUUCUCUGAGUAGCUUGUGGAAAAAGAGAUUGCACUGUUUUUUUUUUCAGGGUAAAACAUUUUUGUUCAAGUUUUAAUAUGUUUCAUCUUUACUGUUUCCUCUUAAAGUGGUUUCUGUUUUAUUUCAUGACUUAGUGUAUGAAAAGGGUAUUUUUUUAAACAUAUUUGCAAGGAAAAAAAACAUAAAAUGUUAUUUGUGAGUUGCUGAACAUGUUUAAUAAUUUGUUCAUUUUGUUUUUAUUUUUGUUAAUUUUAUAACUGAUUUAAUAAAUCUCUUCAAGUGAAUGUACUGGUUGAAUUAAAUUACACACAAGC